GCGGAAUGGAGAGAUGCGAUGCAACAAAUUUUUUUUUGGAUUAGGUGUCACGAUGUUCCGGUCUCAGCCAUGGGCCACCUUAAAGGAGCGAUCGAAGAUGCCUUUGGACCUAUUCUUCGUGUUUGUGCAGCAUAUAAGGAUCGUCUGUCUCCCGACCUUCGGGAUAUCAGGUUUGAUUUUCAGCCCUCCGCUAAACUGAGAUACAAGAAACGAUUAAUUAUUAAUCUGAGAGAUCUGGGUCAGAUGGAAAUCGAUGUCACCUGCGCCACCACUCCGUGGUGUUCGGUAUGUAGACGUCAUUUUCAUAAAGAUACGGAUGAUUGUUGUCCUGCUAAGAAAAAGAAAUCUAGCUCACAGGAGAAGGAAGCGGUGAAACAGGGAGAUGGUAAUGAAGGAGAUCGGGAGGAAGGCAAAGGGAAAGGGAAGGGAAAGAGCAAAGAUGGUAAGGGAGAUAAGGUGGAAGGUGACGAAGGGGAAGAAGGAAAGGGUAAAGAAGGAAAUGGGGAAAGGGAAAAGGAAAAGGGGAGGAAAAAGGGUAAGGAAGUGACCCCUGAGAAGGAUGAUGGCAAUGGAAAGGGAGAGAAGGGAAGGCAGAAGUGGAAGGACAAGGAAGGGGAGGACAAUGGAAAGAAGGGUGGUGAAGAGGAAAGCAAAGAGGCAAAGGAAAGGGAGAAAGUAAAGGAGCCUUCACCAAUCUCCAAAAAUGAGUUGAGGGUUGAAAAGCAGACAGAAAAGCAGAUAGAUGGCAGCGGGACACGAAAAGAGAAACUCAAGGGAAUUGAGACUGGAGCUGAAGGAGGUAAUAGAGGGAAAGGAGGAGUGGAAGUGGGUUAGAGUACGACCAAGGCCAGAUGGAAAGAAAAGGGGGGCAAGGGAUUGUCCUCUUUUGAUAAAGUGGCUGUUGUUGC